AUGAAGUACAACGACGUGCAAGUGUCUGUCCUCGUCGAGGAUCGCGUGUCUGACGAAUACGCCAUAGCUAACGAGAGCGAGAACACCAUCACAUGUUGGAUAGCAAGCGAGGAGGGCAAGGAAUUCAAAAUCAAGAUCAGCAAUUCUUCAUCUUCUACAGCCCUAUCCUCUUGGGUACAAAUCGAUGUACGCCUCAUGGUUAGCUCAGUCUCGCGACCAAAGACGUCCUCCCUAGUGCACGGCGCAUCCAUAUCGUCGACUGUCAGCAACUAA